AUGUUGAAAGAUGAAGUUAGGACAGUUACAUAUCGAAAUGCAAUUUACCACAAUCGUCACUUGUUUAAAGGAAAGGUUGUGAUGGAUGUUGGUUCCGGUACGGGUAUACUUUCGAUGUUUGCUGCUAAGGCUGGAGCUAGGAAAGUUUUUGCGGUUGAGUUUUCUAGUAUGGCUAAUCAAUCAAAACAAAUUAUUAAAGACAACAAUUUGGACCAUAUUAUUGAAGUUGUUCACAGCAAAGUUGAGGAUAUUCAACAUUUGCCAGAUGGAUGUGAAAAGGUUGACGUUAUCGUUUCUGAAUGGAUGGGUUAUUGUCUUUUUUAUGAGUCUAUGCUUAACACUGUGAUUUAUGCACGUGAUAAAUGGCUAGCUCCAAAUGGUAUUUUGUUUCCUGACAAAGCGGUUUUAUAUGUUUGUGCUAUUGAAGAUCGCCAAUACAAGGACGAAAAGAUCAACUGGUGGGACAAUGUUUAUGGUUUUAAUAUGGCAAGUAUUCGCCAAGUUGCUAUAACUGAGCCGUUGGUAGAUGUUGUUGACAGGGGUCAGGUGGUUUCGGACAAUUUUGCAAUUAAAGUGAGUUUAUUUUCGGAGAAUUUUUUAUUAGGUUUUUGA